AUGGUGAACCAGGAGGAGACGUUGCUGUCCUUCGGAUCUCCACGGCGGGGCUUCUCGACCUCCAUGCACAGUUUGGUGGACGAGGUGAAGCUAGACGAGGAAAGCUGCAAAGACGCGGAUGAGCUGCUCGCAUUUUACCGCCAACGAUGCGAGCAAUUCCACGCUGAACGAGAGCAAACGUUGGCGCAUUUGGCACAGAUCGAGAUUGCAGAUCUGGAGGAAUCCCUGAAAAAGGCAAACGCUUCAUUGUUUCAAGCUAAAGCUGAGCUCAUCGAUCUUCAAACAGAGAACAAAACGCUGAAGCUUCAAGAGCAAGACGACCGGCAGAAGAUGCAACACUUGCUGGCACUGACUCAACCGAUAACCGAGCAGGUAACAUUCUUUCGAGAUUGCCGACCCGGUACACGCACAACGUAUCCAUCAGGAAGAACGCCAACGCCAACGACGUAUCCCUAUCCAUCGACAAUGCACAUUGGAUCGGAGGAAAUGCAGCAAGAGAAGAAAAAGAAACAGCAGAAGUCAGGCUUUGCAGUGCGAGGGAACGCCCCGAGUCUCGUGAAUAUCACACAAGGUAUCCCACCGAACAAGGUGCUUCGGACGAUUUACAUGCCCAAUGAACAGACAGCGGCAUUGACGAAGACCAUUGAAAACCUCCAGAAGCAACUCGAGAGUCACCAGCAACUCACUGAGACGCGAAUUCAAGCGCUUUUGGACGGAUUUGCAGACGAGAGGGCGAAGAUUUUGUUGCAUCAGCAACAAAUUGAGGACAAGAGCGUGCAACUGGAGGAGCAGGUAGAAAAGACCAAGCGAGUUCUUACCCAAACGACCAAAGAUUAUUUGGUACUGCGUCACAAAUCUCAAGAAACUGAACGUCUAGCGCACGAAGAGAUUUUCCAAGUGAAGCAAAAAUGCGAAAAUUUAGUCACGGAGAAGACCAAAUUGACGGAAAAGGUCCGAGAGGAGACCAAUGCGCUGCGUCAAGUCGUCCGUGAAGAGGGCAACCAGACAGUGCUGGAGUUCCGGAACCAGGCGAUUUCUCGGGAGCGAGACCUGCAUAUUCUGAAGGAGCAGUAUGCGGCAAUGCAGGAGGCGUGUACAAAACGAAUUCAGAAUCUGCAAAGACGAUUAAUGGAUCUGUCGGCUGACUUGGCGGAAGCAUGA